AACCUGAAUCCUAAGAAACAACGGAGACAGAGGAAUCCUUGCCAUUCUCUUCUUCUUCUUUCUCUCUGUCUCUGUUCAAUUCAUUCUCGGGUUAUUUCUCUUGUCACGAAUUUAUUCUUGAUCAAAUAUACACGCUUAUCUAUUUAUAUAUACAUAUCAGCAUGGCAUCCAUGCCUUUGCGGGCUAAAUCUGUACAUAAUUUAGAAGAUUUACGAAGCUGUUGCUUCGGCAAUACUCAAUCUUUGAUGCCUAACAAGGGUUUUGUGAAUUUUUAUAGCCGGAGCAGGGAUCAUCAAAAUCAGAUUUGCCAAGCACCCCGGCUUAGUAUUAGUUCUGCUGCUGCCUCUGCUUCGGUUGUAAAUAAUAAUACUAACGAUUGUAGUUGCAGCAGCAGUACUCAUUUAUCUGUAUUUAAUCCUCAUUCAGCUUCAAUUUAUAACAAUGCUUGUAUUUCUUCCAAAAAUAAGAAAAGGGUGUUUGAUAAGGAGGAAGGUGAUGUUUCUGGGAAUCUUGAUCGCUGGGUUAAAGAAUCCGUUGCCGAGAUAUUGAAUAACCUUGAUGAAGCACCUUUUCUUGUGCACAUCUACUCUGAUGGCGAAGAGGCAUCUGUAUCCACAAGCAACACCAGAUUAGUGAAAGAGAAGGCAGAUGCACAGAGCUGGCCCCGUAUCAAAGGAAGAUGGGGUGGAGGUCGCCCCUCUCCGAGUGGCAUUAUCUUGGUCGAAGAAAUGAGCACUGAAGACGCUCUUAGCUCUGAUGGUGAAUGCCUUGGAAGUUCGGGAAUGGAUUAUGAUUCGGGUUCUUCUUCAACCAAAGUAUGGGGUAUACUGAUUCAAGGCAAAGGUUCAACUUGCCCUGCUUGUUACAUCCUGAAAACUUGCCGAGUGAGGUCUAUUGCAGGGUUCUGCACUCACUUUUGUUUGGUUAGAGUGAAGUGCUUCUUUGAAAGUGUAGAUAUACAGCUCAAGAAAUUGUGGCUGGUGUAAACAUCUUAUUCUCAGUGUUCAAUUUAUUGAAUCAAAUCUAACAACCCUAUCAGAGGCCAUUCAAAAGAAUGACUAUUUAUUACUGCAACUUCAUUCUCAAUGGUUCGUUCAUCAGUCUAUUGCCUUUAGACACAAAUUUUCAUAUUCCUUGCCAUUUCACUAGUCAUGAACCAACUCCACCUGUAUAUAUUGAUCUGAUCAGCCUUCUGCAUCUUGAAAGUGGUAUGGUAGGUUUGUCGUCUUUUGAUCACCUAUCAGAAAUGAGAACAGGAGAUAAUAAUGGUCCGCAACAAAACAAGCAGACAUGCUUUCUUUCAAUGAAGUCUAUUAUUGCUUUUAACAACUUAUUCCACCUCUAAAUUGCUGAGCUUACGUCAAUCAUUAACUAUGAAAAGCAUAAAUACAUCUUUCUAGAACAAGCACUUAUUGGAAUGCCAGUUUUCCAGCUAGACCUGGCCAUGGCAUUAUUUCAGAAAGGAUUAAAAAGAAAA